AUGGGCCCAAAGGGGGAGCUGAGAGAGUCAGUGGUAGAGAUUAGGUGGGUGAAUGACAUAUUGAUAGCGAUUAAGUUAGUAGUUGGAGGAAGCACUCUGAAUGUCAUUAGCGCAUACGUGCCGCAAACGGGCUUGGACGAGGAGGUUAAAAGGCGCUUCUGGAAGGCGCUGGAUGAGGUGGUGUGGGGUAUUCCGCCUACGGAGAAGUUAUUCAUAGGAGGGGAUUUCAAUUGUCAUAUUGGGUCGUUUGCCGGAGGCUAUGGCGAGGUGCACAGUGGCUUCGGCUUUGGGGAUAGGAACGGAGGUGGUACUUCAGUGUUGGAUUUCGCUAGAGCUUUUGAGUUGGUGAUCGUGAACUCUAUUUUUCGAAGAGGGAGAAAAAUUUGGUUACUUUCCGGAGUAUGGUGGCUAAGAAUCAGAUUGACUAUCUUCGCCUCAGGAGGUGUGAUAGGGGGUUGUUCGAGAAUUGCAAGGUGA